ACCUUGAAGAGUGAGGCCCUGAGGCGAGACAUGAGCACCUGGUUCCUGGCCUGCACCUGCGUCUGCACCUGUGUCUGCUUGGGAGUCUCUGUCUCGGGAGAUGGACAAGGGCCAAACUUCACCUGCCUCACCAACAACAAUCUCAGGAUCGAUUGCCACUGGUCUGCCCCAGAGCUGGGCCAGGGCUCCAGCCCCAGGCUCCUCUUCAUUAGCAAGCAGGCUCCUGGUGGUACACAUAAGUGCAUCUUGUGGGGCAGUGAGUGUACUGUCGUGCUUCCACCCAAGACGGUGCUCCUGCCGUCCGACAAUUUCAUCAUCACUUUCCACCACUGCACGUCUGGGAGGGAGCAGGUCAGCCUGGUGGAGCUGCAGUACCUGCCCUGGAGACACGUGAAGCUGGACCCACUCUCUGACUUGCAGAGCAAUGUCAGUUCUCGUCACUGCAUCCUGACCUGGAGCAUCAGUCCUGCCUUGGAGCUGAUGACCACACUUCUCAGCUAUGAGCUGGGCUUCAAGAGGCAGGAGAGCCCUUGGCCCUUCCUGCCCACAGGCCCUCUGAUCCCACCCUGGGGGCGGCCAGACAAUACCUUUGUUGCUGUGUCUGUCUUUCUUCUGCUGACUGGCCUGACCUACCUCCUGUUCAAGCUGUCGCCCAGGGUGAAGAAAAACUUCUACCAGAAUGUGUCCUCUCCAGCAGUGUUCUUCCAGCCUCUACGUGUGCACAAUGGGAACUUCCAGGUGUACUUGGAUGGGGGCCACAGGGUAGGUGUGCUGCUGAGCCAGGACUGUGCUGGCACCCCACGAGGAGCCUUGGAGCCCUGCAUCCAGGAGGCCACUGCACUGCUCACCUGUGGCCCAGCGGGUCCUCGGAAAUCUGUGGUCCUGGAGGAGGAGCAGGAGGGCGCUGGGACCAGCCUCUGCGGCAACCUGAGCUCAGAGGAUGUGCUGCCAGCAGGGUGUAAGGAGUGGAGGGCACAGCCGCUUGCCUAUCUGCUACAGGAGGACUGGGCCCCCAUGUGCCCCACCAGGCCAGCUCCCCCAGACUCAGAGGGCAGCAGUAACAGCAGUGACUACUGUGCCUUGAGCUGCUACAGGGGAUGCCACCCCUCAGCCCUCCCAGGAAACACACAGAGCCCUGGGCCCAUCCCAGCCCUGGCCUGUGGCCUUUUCUGUGACCAUCAGGGCUUGGAGACCCAGCAAGGAGAUGCCUGGGUGCUGGCUGGUCACUGCCAGAGGUCUGGGCUGCAUGAGGACCUCCAGGGCACGUUGCUCCCUUCCGUCCUCAGCAAGGCUUGGUCCUGGACGUUCUAA